AUGAGCACCAGCUCGCUGUCACGCUCCAAUAAAGCCACACGCCCGCUCCAGAGCCCGACACAGAGCGCGUGUUCAGAUCGACCAGGACCUACAAGAAGUCCUUUCGCGACCCACACGGUAGUCACCGUUCUCGUCCUACUACUAGCGCUGGGUACCGGUUUCUUCGCACCCCACCUCCCACACGCCGUCUUACGCACUGUUACCAACAAACAGGCUCCUUCCUUCACUCUCCGAAAUCCAAUCGUCCUAAAGGAACCUGCUAUCUGUCCGAAACCUGAACAGCAGGUCGAAUUCGUCGGUACCUUCAACACCCAACAUAAGCGCAGCAUGACACUCGCAGACCAGGCGAAGCGCGUCGCCGCCGAGUUCGACUUCGACGACAAUGCCGUCAACAAGGCUGUCAAGGAGUUCAUUCGGGAGAUGGAUGAGGGCCUGGAGAAGACAGGCACCGAGAUGAGCCAGAUCCCGACAUACGUCACUGCCGUUCCCAAUGGCACGGAAAAGGGCCUCUACAUGGCCGUCGACUUGGGCGGCACCAACUUCCGCGUCUGCUCCAUCGAGCUUCACGGCAACACCACCUUCUCACUCACACAGAGCAAGGUAGCCAUCCCGCGCGAGCUCAUGGUCGCGAAGACAUCCAAAGAGCUCUUUUCCUUCCUCGCGAAACAGAUCGAAGCCUUCUUGAAACUGCACCACGAAGAUCACUACGCCUCCACACUUAGGCGCAGAGAGGGAAAGGAAGGCGAACCGCAAGAUGAGGAGAUCUUCAACCUAGGUUUCACCUUUUCUUUCCCGGUCCACCAGAUAGGAAUCAACAAGGGUAUGCUGAUGCGCUGGACAAAAGGCUUCGACAUCGAGGAUGCGGUCGGCAAGGACGUAUGCGCUUUGCUCCAGCAGGAGAUUGACGAGCUCCACCUCCCCGUCAAGGUAGCUGCUUUGGUAAACGAUACUGUCGGAACCCUCAUGGCACGCUCGUACACAUCGCCUGGCAAGACUGGCACAUUACUCGGUGCUAUUUUCGGAACCGGCACCAACGGAGCCUACGUUGAGAAGCUGGACAAGGUCACGAAGCUCACAGGGGACAAGAACGGUGGCGUGUACGACAAGUCAACUGGAGAGAUGAUUGUCAACACUGAGUGGGGCUCCUUCGAUAACUCGCUCCGCACCCUUCCCAACAGCCCUUAUGAUGUUCAGCUCGACAAGGACUCUGUAAACCCUGGAAUCCAAAUGUUCGAGAAGCGUGUAUCAGGCAUGUUCUUGGGAGAGCUUCUACGUCUUGCUCUACUUAAGCUUAUCAAAGACCCUGCUGUUCCUCUGUUCACCGAUGAUAACUCGUCCUCGAACGAUGUCCACAGCACCACACAAAUCCAUGACAGCAGCCCGAUAUGGAAGCAGUGGGGUCUCGAUACGAGCUUCCUCAGUGUAUGUGCGGGCGACAAUAGCCCUGGCUUCCGCAUGCUGCGACAGACGCUCGACAAGGACUAUGACAUUUCUGCCGUCAGCGCUGAGGAUGCUGAGGCAGUUCGCGAAAUCGCUGGAGCGAUCGGCCGCCGCGCAGCCCGUCUUGCUGCUGUCGCCAUCGGCGGUACCAUCAUCAACACUGGCCGUCUGCACAAGUCCUCGGGUUCUGCUACCACGGAGCAGAAAUCAGGCAUCGAGCCCACACGUGGAGACGUCGAUGCCAGUGAAGGCGACGAGAUCGACAUUGGCGUUGAUGGCUCGCUGGUAGAGUUCUACCCUAACUUUGAGGAGUACAUUCGUGAGGCGCUACGUGCGAUACCCGAGAUUGGUGCAAAGGGCGAGAAGAGGGUCAGGAUUGGUAUUGCGAAAGACGGAUCUGGUGUUGGUGCGGCGCUCAUUGCGCUUGUCGCUGGAAAGGUUGGCACACCGCAGUAA